GGACGUGCUAUACUACGACGAGGAGAAACCGGAGAUUGGAUCGGCACCUUUCUGGGGCAUCAAGGUGCGGUUUGGGCCUGCAAUUUAGACGCGCAUGCAACGAAGGCGGCUACGGGUGCAGCCGAUUUCACGGCCAAAAUUUGGGAUACAUCUUCGGGACAGGAAUUAUUGUCCAUCACGGAGGACCACAUUGUACGUUGCCUGGACCUAAGCAAAACAGAUUCCGGAGCACAUUUACUCACGGCAAACAAUUUGAAAAAGAUUCGGGUUUACGACUUGGCUGUACCGACUUCCCACAUUCGCGUUUGUUAUUCAGCGGAUGGUUUGUGUCCGUACAUCGAACGCAUCAAAAGUACGCAAAUCGCUCACUUCACAUCUAUUCCUAUCAGUCUCUGGGAUUUUUCCGAUCGAUUUCGACGACCAGUUGUGAAUGCAUCAGUUUGGUCAAAGCAUACGGACAAACCAAUUCUAGAUAUGCAAUUUUUACAUCCGAAGGAGUCGAAGGCUUUGUCCGAAGUAUUGGUCGCGUAUGUUUACGGCUCCAGCAUCCAUCUGGCCGUUUUUGAUUGGCGCCGCCCGGAUGCACCCAUUUCAACCGGGGAUUCGGAAUCUGGACGCACUUUCAAUUUGCCAUGCAAUUUGUCCUCGGUCAGUUUGCAUCCAACCGAAGAUCAGCUGAUUUGCGGUGGCGAAGAUCACUAUAUCUAUCGAGUAGAUCGAACAACUGGUGAAAUCCUCGAAACAUGCAAAAGCCAUUUUGGCCCAGUGCAUUGUGUUCGAUAUGCUCCGGACGGUCGCGUCUUCGCUAGCGGGAGCGAAGACGGUACCGUGCGAUUAUGGCAAAACCAAGUGGGUGAGACAUACGGCUUAUGGCAGUUGAGUACACCAAACCAGACCGAGGAUUUGUUGCACACAUCGACAAACCAAGCAGCAGCCACAGCGGCUGUCCCGAUUCCCAGUGCGCAAUGA